GCACGUUGUCUUUAUCGUGGAGUUUAAGACUUGCCAUCGUUGAAGUGUCAACUGGUUGGUUUUUAAUCGAAUUGUUGCCGAGAAUGCCUGAACUUGAGGGUUUCGGAGAUGGGGGAUAUCAAUCGGAAGCUGAACUAGACACACGUGCCUUGGUUCAAGAGCAGAAUCGCAAAAAGAAAAAGUCUGGUGGAUUUCAGUCUAUGGGCCUGAGCUAUAAUGUUUACCGCGGGGUAAUGAAAUGUGGUUACAAAAUACCGACACCAAUUCAAAGAAAAUGCAUUCCGUUGAUUAUGGAAAAGAAAGAUGUUGUGGCCAUGGCAAGAACAGGCAGUGGCAAAACAGCUUGUUUCUUAAUCCCUUUAUUUGAAAGACUUCAAGAACACUCUACUAUUGGAACAAGAGCCCUUAUUAUGUCCCCCACUCGAGAAUUGGCACUGCAAACAUUGAAGUUCACUCGAGAACUAGGCAAAUACACUGGACUAAAAGCAGCUACUAUUCUUGGAGGAGACUCUAUGGAAGCUCAGUUUGCUGCAAUGCAUGAAAUACCAGACAUCAUUAUUGCUACUCCAGGAAGAUUUGCCCAUCUCUGUGUAGAAAUGGAACUAAAGCUAAAGGAAAUUGAGUAUGUAGUGUUUGAUGAAGCUGACCGACUUUUUGAGAUGGGAUUUGGAGAACAGUUAUUAGAAAUUUUGAAUCGUCUGCCAGAAUUGCGACAGACACUUCUUUUUUCGGCUACUCUUCCGAAAUUACUUGUUGAUUUCACCAAAGCAGGUCUGACAGACCCAGUAUUGGUCAGGUUGGACGUUGAUUCUAAGUUACCUGAAGCUUUAAAAUUGGCUUUCGUAUUCUGUCCGUGUGAAUCGAAAGCAUCCAUUCUUCUUCACUUACUACGAAAUGCAAUCAAGGCAGGAGAAUUGACGCUUGUGUUUGCUGCGACUAUGCAUCACGUUGAGUACUUGCACCUAUUACUUGACAAAGCGGGAAUCUCCAAUACAUACAUUUAUUCUAGUUUGGACCAAGCUGCCCGUAAAAUCCAUGCUGCUAAGUUUCAAACAAAGCAAACAAAUGUCAUGAUUACCACUGAUGUUGCUGCACGUGGUAUUGAUAUUCCGCUGUUGGACAAUGUAAUCAACUACAAUUUCCCAGCCAAAGCCAAAUUAUUUGUCCACAGAGUCGGACGUGUUGCACGUGCCGGGCGCUCUGGUACAGCUUAUUCACUAGUCGCCCUAGAUGAAAUACCUGCUUUAGUGGAUUUACAUCUCUUCUUGGGAAGACCGCUAAAGCAAAUUCCUCAAGAUGGACUGAAAAAGGGCGAGGACUGGGACGGCUAUCUCGGUCGUGUCGGCCAAAGCGUUAUAGAUGAUGGAAGUAGUGCGAUGCAGCUGUGGCAUCAAGAGUCAGUAGAGCUUCAAAAUAUGAUCAAGGUCUACACGUCAGCUUACAAACAGUAUAAACGUUCUUGCCCACCGCCCUCUCAUGAAUCCGUCAAAAAGGGAAAAGAAAUCAAGCUUGAACUACUAGGUCCUCACCCUGUGUUCGUAGCUGAAAGUAGUGAACUCGAAAGUGAUCGGCUCAAUUUACUAGAGCAAAUGAAGUGCUAUCGUCCCCAUCACACUAUUUUCGAAAUUGGUGUGACGGCUAACUCUGUGAAGGCGAAAGUGAUGUUAGAGAAACGCAUAAAGCAUCAGCGAAUCAUCAUGAAACAAAAAAAAGCGGCAAUUAAAUCCGCAGCUGAAGCUGCAUCUUCGGAAGAACCUGAAAACGUUGCCGUUCCACAAGAGGAAGCCGACGACGAAAUGGUCCAAGAGGCGUUCAGCACCGUUAUUGCUCAAAAGAGACGGACCAGCCGGAAGCCAUUUGACCCGAACCAAGCAAAGAAGAAACGCAUUCAGACUCAAUCAACCAAGGACGAAGAAAACUACAUCAACUACGUAGCAAAGGAUCACCAAACAGAAUCUGGAUUGGCAUUGGGUUCUGAUUUCGGACGGGCCGCUGCUGAUGCCGUCUUGGAUUUGACUGGUGAUGACGAUCAGGAACUCCGUAAACAGAGAAGUCUGAUGAAAUGGGAUCGUAAGAAGAAGAAGUUUAUUGGACAGGAGGAUGUCAAGAAACGCAAGAUCCGUACUGAAUCCGGUGUUUGGAUCCCAGCCACAUACAAGACCGACCGGUAUGAAAGAUGGAAGGGCAAAUCUAAAGUUGACCAAAACGACCCAGCAAGUGAAGAUUCAGGCGAUGACGAUAAGGGUGGCAAUCGUAAUGUGUCAUCGCGAUUCGGUGGUGGUUAUCAGAGACGUGGCGUUCCUAUGGGAAUGAAUCUCGAAGGCAAAUUAGGUGGCCUACCAAUGAACCACCCAGCGAUGAAGAAGGCUUGGGCCGAGGUUAAACAGGGAGGACAGCGUGUGCGUGACGAGGUUAAGCGACCUGAACAGAUCGAGAAGGCUCGCAAGAUGAAGGAGAAGGCUCGUCUUCGUGGUAACAAGGAAAUACGGAUAAAACUUCAGCAAAAACAAAAGAAGCCGACCCUUAAGACCAAACAAAAGAAGGGCGGUAAGAGGAGGAGGUAAACCAGAUGAACCCAUUUUUAAGAAAAGGAACUAGUUGCGCAAUACAUCCAGACGCAGCGCCUUUUUUGAUUUUUUUCUCCAUUUACCGUUACAUAUGGCACGAGCUCGAGAAAAUCUAUUAAUACAAGAUUAUGUUCUCGAAUUCUUCUCGCAAUGGCAUUAAA